GGAGACAUACUUAUAGAUGGAUGCACAAUCAAACAACAGUCAACGAGGCAACAAUCUGUAUACUUUGAGAAAUACUUGGAGAAUUACAUAUUUUUGAGGAGACUACUGCCAGCAAACAUUUUGAGGACUGAAAUCCUAAUGAGCUUGAUUAGGAUUCACAUUUUUUUCCUAUAAUAUCUCACCAUUUUUGAGAGGCCAGAAUGGAAGGAAACAGCAGUGUCAUGGUCUUUCCACCAGAUAUAACAACGUAAGUUGUAGUUUAGUGAAAAAAAGAAGUUAGAAAAGAUUGAUUCAAAGGUCUUAGAACAGCACACUAUUGAUACCAUUGAUACCUCUUCCAACAACAACGACAUUGGCAGUCUGGGAACGAGGGAAGAAACAGUUAAUGGAACAGUUUUUUAAACCUGUUCAUGGUGCUUUUCCACUGGAUGAGAUGAAGCCACAGAAAAAACACCACCAUCAUCACUUUGACCACCAACAAAGCACUCAUUCAAACAGGUACACAAAACUCGACGACACUGACAGAAAUACAGAUGAUAGCCAAGGGCACCGUCGCCUCCAUCAACAGAAUCAGUACCUCAGUGACGGUUCUCACCACGGUGCCCAUUAUCCUCAUCAGUUUCACCAAGGUGAAGAUGAUGGAAAACUUUACAACAACCACACUCCUAUAACUCUCUCCAGGGCGUCUUCCUCCUCCCUCUCCUCCACGUCUUCAUCUUCCUCCUCCUGGUUCACGGAGGAGAGUGCAAGUGAUGCCUUCUCUCUUCGUCAUGCUGAGCGACCGCCACAUUCCUUGUCCUGCUCCAAUAUCCCAGAUGUGCGCAGGGUUUUCAGGGAGGAUGACGGCAGUGGACCCGUUGUCUUUGCUUCUGUCAAGCACAACAAAAAAGGAAAUGUUGACAGGAUACAUGAUGGUUCACAACUUAGCCGAAAGUCUGAGUUUUCUGCCCUUAAAAGGGGUCACAGCCGGAGUGAUGAAGCCCUUCUUCAGUGCAUUGAAGGUGAAAGUCAAUCUGAAGAAUCACACAAUAACUUGUACAAAACAACUAGUUUGAACAGAAGCCUGGCUUUUAGUGAGGAGAACAUCCUUUUAGGGGUGCCCAGGGGUCCCAAAAGAGCAGUUUCUUCUACCCAGCUACCCAGCAAAGGGAUACUCAAAAAUAAGGAGAAUCACAGUGACGUCCGUAAGGCUAAGUCAAUGGAGGUGCUCUCUCCAAGAGUGGCCAAGGGAGAAGGUCAGAGCGGGCAGAAAGGCAAAGGGUCCGCUCUAGCUGAGCUAGAGCAGGCUCGGACAAAUUUUGUGGAGGGAAAGUUACAAUUCUCAGCUUUUUUAGAUGAGAUUACAAAACAGGUCAUGAGUCCAUCCGCUCUCACCAUCUUGGGUGUGAACGAUACAUCUCCAGAGAAGACCUCUUCCUUGGGGUCGAUAGCUGAUCCAGUCAAGCCACAGCUUCCACCCAAAAAGCACAGAGGGGGCAGAGGUGGUGAGAUGAAGCAGGCUCCGACGCAGCCCAGCAAACACAUGAAAGCCUGCAUCAGCUCUGGAAAACACUCGGACUGCUCCGAUACUGAAAAACUGAUCUCAUACGCAGCUAGGAACCACCAGGGAAGCCCGCCGCCUGGUCAGUACUCCCACUCCACCGGCCACAGUCGUAAAGAAAGGAGGCCUUCACCCAUCGGAGGCACCAUGUUAGGGGACAGAUACGGCAGAUACGGCUCCCACCUUACAGAUGGAACCAGCACCAGCCCCGAGCCCAGCCAACCCAAACAAAGGCACCACCGCAAACACAACCAACACCCGCACAGCCAGCACUUCCCUCAACAGAUGCAUCUAGAACCUGAGAUCCAAGGGCCAAGCAACUCCCCUCCAGCCUCAGUCCAGGGUGCAGGAACAGGCUUUGGAUCUGAGUCCUCAUCCACAAAAUCGGACUCAUCCAGGACCAGAGAAACGCCCUCCACAUCUGCCAGUCACAGCUCUGAGCAGAGCGGCAGACAGCAUUCCCAGUAUAUGGGGGUCUCUAAACAGCACAGGGACAUUUUGUAUGAUGCUGGACACCUUCAGGCGCUGCAGGAGGAGAAUGCUGAUCUUCACCAGAACUUGCUCCAGACGGUAGUUUGCAUUGAGAGCUUGGAGGCAGAACUGCACAGGACCAGGGAGGAGCUCAGCCAUGUCAAGGAGAAGUACAAAAGUCUUCUGCAGACACACAGUGGAACCAAACAAGCCAAUAACCUACUGGGGGAGCACCUGCACAUAGCGUCGGAGAGCUUGAGCAGCGAAAGGAAGUACCUAAUAGAUCGGGUGUCCCAGCUGAACUCGGAGCUGGAGGACGCCAACAGAACCAUCGCCGCCCUGGAGAACAUUAAUGUACCAUGCUUGAUAAAGGAGCUACUGGGGAAGCAAUUUGACUCAGCUGAGGCCGUACAGAAGUUUCUCACAACUUCCUCUGCAACUAGUCAUUUCCAGCAAACAGAUGGUCAGUCCCACUCUCCCAAUGCAGAGGAAGUGGCGCAUGAUUGGCUGACCAAAUCUGAGGCAGGUGCGCAGAGGGCCACAGCAUUCAUGCCAUUUAAACAGGGUCUGCCAGCAAAUAAAAAUGAGGCCAGUCUCUCAGGCCAGCAUGAGUCGAGCCCACCUUUCUCUGUGGCAGACAUCAGUGCUGCUAUCUAUAAGAAGAUGGCAGCCAGUUAUGCUGCCAGACCACAACCUGUUUACCCCGAAAGCCAGCAGCAGUUGUCCCUGGGCACUAACCACGCAGACACCCCUCCUGACCCCCAGCAUGCCCAUGUGGGUGGCAGCAGUUGGGGAGGGAGGGAUGGGUUAAAGGUGCUGCUUUUGGAGCAAGAUACUGGAGAUGUGAAUGCCAUGUCAGCCCAGCAGAUCCUGGAUGAUUUUAUGCAGCAUCUGCAGACACACAAGGAGGCCGUUGGAGGGAAAGAGCAGCAGAGUGGGCAGGAGUGGGGCAGUGGGGUGGAGCAAGCAGGAAAAGCAGACUGAAAUGGCCACCUGAGGACAUAUGUAUUUUGUCAUGUGUUUCAUGAAUACUUGUCAGCUGAAAUCAAUGUUUAAGAUACUCUGGCUGAAAAAACUGGCGUUUUCUUCUUUUCUAUCCAGGGCAUUAUUGUAGUUAUCCAUGUAAAAAGAAUAGAACUGAAAAGCAUUGUGUUGAAACCUGAAACCUGCCAAAAUGAGUUCAGAGUGAAUCAUUUUCACACGGAAAAAAGACAAACAUGCCCACUGAAAGAAAAACUUUGCAUCAGUAGUUGCACCAAUGAAUCAAGUACAAUGAUAUUUUUAUUAAGGAUUACAAUGUAUGCUUAUAUGUAUUUAUUAUGAAAGUGGUGUUUCCCCCAAAACAGUAUCAUGAAAUACCUGUGACAUAGGUUAGAGAGUAACUAUUGGGUCUCAAAUUAUAUAUUUUUUUGUUUAAUAGGAAAAGGAUGAAAAACAAACAAACAAACAAACAAACAAACAAACAAACAAACAAACAAACAAACAAAAAAAUAAUAAUAUUAGGUAGAGGUUAACUCUGUAUUAUUAGCAGCUGCUUUGGACCCCCAGGAUGCAUUAAAAAACCAAAACAUAAAAUUAAAGAAUGUACUAAAAACUAAAAAAGUAUGGUUUAAUAGCAGACUGACGAAUGAAACAAAUACCUUUUAACAGUUUGCUUACCUCUUGAAAUAAGGCAGCUUUAUUACAAGAGGCUCUUGUAACAUUAAAAUCUAAAAACGACUUUUCCAGCAUUUCAACCAGGGAUACUGACCUUAUGCCCAUGUUCAUAGAAAUAACUUUGUGUUCAUGUUUCCACUGCAGAUAUGAGAAAAUAAACUUCCAUCCAUCCAUCCAUCCAUCCAUCCAUCCAUCCAUCCAUCCAUCCAUCCAUCCAUCCAUCCAUCCAUCCAUCCAUCCAUCCAUCCAUCCAUCCAUCCAUCCAUCCAUCCAUCCAUCCAUCCAUCCAUCCAUCCAUCCAUCCAUCCAUCCAUCCAUCAGGUCAGGCAGGGUUACACCCUGGACAGGUCACCAGUCUAUUGCAGGACCAGACAACCACACGCUCACACUCAACUCUUAGGGUCAUUUUUGAACUGCAAAUUAACCCAACAUGCAUGUUUUUGGAUUGUGGAAGGAAAAUUGGUACCCAAUAUCCCUCAAAUAAUAUUAGCUAUAAUAAUAAAUUAUUUUAUCUAAUCAGAUCAUUUUAAAAUGUUCUCCUAUAUUCCAUGCAAUGAAUAUUUGAUUUCAUUGAGCGUUCAAAAUCUUGUGUAAAUAUGUAACAAUUUUGUAUUUAUGUGUAUACAGUAUGUCAUUCAUAAAACACCCUAACCCUUUCUUUCUGAAGGAAUUUGCAGUAGAAGUUUUGUGCUGAUGUAGUUUUGUAAAAUAUGAAGUUCGAAUACAAAGUUGUAGGCAAAGUGGUUUUAGGUAUUCCGAUAAUGUGUAAUAAAACAGCAGAAAUCAAAAUAAUGUUAUUUUAGCCUAUGUUACCUAUAGUGUCUCUCUGGAGUUGGUCAUUGUCAUCCCUGUAGUCUGUGCUAGUUCAGCUCUUCUAACAGUAAAGAUAAUUAUGUGCCAUAUUUCCAAAUAUGCAAACAUCCUUUAAUGUUAUACUUGUGAUUUUAGAACUGCUCAUCUUAUAUGUUGGUGAACCAAAGACAAUUUUCCAUGUACAAUAAAGAAUUAUUCUAUUCUAUUCUAUUCUAUUCUAUUCUAUUCUAUUCUAUUCUAUUCUAUUCUAUUCUAUUCUAUUCUAUUCUAUUCUGUUCUGUUCUGUUCUAUUCUGUUCUAUUCUAUUUUAUUCUAUUCUAUUCUUUGCAGAUAGUUAAUUCACCCAUUCAUUUGUUUGUUAUCUGUGACUUCUCCCUCCUUUUUGGUUUGUCAGCUUCACACACUUCGGCCCGAUGCAACAAAUGUGUACUUUAUUUUCCAAGUCUCAUGUGAUGCUCAUGUCACAUCACGAUUUUUAAAAUGAUUGAAAAGCUAAGUGAGAAAAGUGGUAAAUGAUGCAAACUUAAUAAAUAAAAUCCCAAUG